GUAGAGAUCAAGGAUUGGAUGAGGAGCAGCCUGGACAACAGUGAGGCGUGACGCUGGAGGAUGGCCCGAAGCUGUUUAACUUAAAUUAAAUAUAGUUUGUUGGAUUUGUUUACUUAAAUUACUAGAAUGUUGAAUGUUGUUUUCAAGGCUUCCGCAACGUUUGUUUUAAUUACUCCGAUUAAAUGAUGAAUUAUUUUCAAUAAAUAUGAAUGUUUGUU